AUGCCUCCUCCGCCAGCUCCUCCACCUCCACCCCCGCCGCCUUUGCCAGGCUUUGGGGGUGGUGCUCCUCCACCGCCACCACCCCCUCCAGGAGGACCACCUGGAGCUGGGAAUCUUCCCAAACAACCGCCUAAAUCGGUGGCUAAAGACCGGUCUGCAUUGUUAACAGAUAUCACGAAAGGCAGAAACCUCAAGAAGACAGUGACGAACGAUAGAUCCGCCCCGGCGAUCUCCAAAAGCUCGGGAGGUUCAAGCGGGCCUCCUGUGGGGGGCGCGCCACCCAUCCCUGGAAUGCUGAAACCUCCUACUGGAUUGGCGCCUCCAGUUCCUGCGGGCGGUGGUAAUCGAGUACGGAGUAAUAGUGAUAGUGGCGGAGGCGGUUAUGGAGGUGAUGGUGCUUCGGCUGUUCCAGCGGCACCGCAGCUCGGGGGAUUGUUUGCCGGCGGAAUUCCUAAACUAAGGAAACGGGGUGGGAUUGAUACCGGCGCCGCUCCGGAUGCCGCAUACUUAACGGACACGGAAUCUCCGGGGUCGAAGUUACGAGCAUCAACUGGAAGCGCCCCAAAGCCACCCACUGCUCCUAAGUUACCGAUUGUGCGGCCGCCACCUCCUCCAUCCGCAGACUCACCAGCACAACCUGUCGUGAAUCCCUUAGUUGCAAAUCUUAGAAAGCCACCGCCUAAGCCCUCUUCUCGACCGUCUUCAACGUUUUCAACGAAAUCUGCUCCUGACGUUCCACCGCCACGAGCGCCCACCACCUUUGCCAGGUGUUUCGCGUGCCCCUCCUCCACCGCCAGCUUCUACUCGAAAAGUUUCCGCUCCUCCUCCACCUCCAGUCCCCCCUCCCUCGUCGACUCCCGCUCCACCAUCUGCUCCCCCGCCACCUCCUACUACUUCAGCCCCUAA